AAAAAAAGAAAAAAAGAAAAUAUCUUCUUUAAUUGUUUAAAAGAAAUUCUUAUCUUCUUUAAUCUUCUUUAUCAGAUAAUUCAAAAACUUCUUUAAAGGAAAUAUGACCCGAUUACUUCAAAUUACAUUGUUUCUUUUGGCUAUCAUGUUAGUAUUCAUCAACGUUAAUGCGUUUAAAGGUGAUGCUACAUUCUACUAUACAGGCCUUGGAGCCUGUGGAACUACAAAUAAGAAUUCAGAACUCGUUUUUGCUCUCCCUGCUAAAAAUUUUGAUCCUUCUCCUGGUGGUAAUCCUAAUAAAAAUAAAAACUGCGGAAGAAAAGCAAAAGUUAAAUUCGGUAGUAAAUCGGUAAUUGUCAGAUGUGUGGAUCGUUGUGCUGGCUGUAAACCUGGUGAUAUAGACCUAAGUCCUGCCGCCUUUGAUAAACUUGCAGAUCGAAAAAGAGGUAGAAUCUUAGUCACAUGGGAGUUUAUUUCCUAGAUCCCCAAUAAUUAUCCCAAUUCCAAGUCGAAACUUGGUAAAGUUCAACCAAGGCAAAAAAAUCAAUUAAUGAACAUUUUUUACUGAGAUAAUAAAUUGUAAAUAAUUUUUUUUAAAAAAUCAAAAAA